AGAAUCUGAAAUCAACCUCUCCCAAUUCCUCUCUGCUGUCGAACCAAGGAAAAAUUGGAGGGCAUCUGACCAAGUUAUUCGACGAUUAUCUAAACCUCAACUAGAAGAAGCAGCGACAGCAGCAACCGGCGACUCCUAUUGCUACCAGGUCCCUCUUUUCUAGUUCCUCAAAUUGCUUUUGCAGAAAUGGAUACUGUUGGAAUAUUGGUAUUCUACAACGGAAGCUGGGUUCACAAGGAUAACAUUGAGAGUUAUGAAGGUGGUGAGGCUAAAGGCAUAAUAGUAUCACAGAACGUAACAUUUUCUGAGCUUGUUGACCUCAUUUAUAAGAUCAUGAAUGCAGAUCGCAACAAAUACAUUGUCACAUUGAAGUAUUCUGUUCCUCUAUCAUCAUCUGCCUAUAAGCGCCUAAAGGUUGAAGAUAAUGAUGACGUUCAAUAUUUUCUGAAAUACAACACGGAGUUAUGACCUCUAAAGUAACCCUUUUAUUAGCAACCCUCAAAAUUAUAGAAGGACAUGGUAUUCAAGGCUGCAAUGGCAUUGUAAGCAUUAGGAGUAGCAAUCCUCCCCCUGCAGUUGUUGUGAGAGAUAGGAAUGAGGUAAUUGGGGAUAGUGGAACUGAAAAUAGUGUAACUGGUUUUAAUUGGAAAGAUGGGUUGAAGAUGUUAAUUUUGAAUGUGUCGAAAACAUAGUUGCAGAUUUUUAUGUACCUAGCAACGAAGAGGAAGCAUACUCUACUCCAAACGUGCAUCCUCAUCGAGAAAGCAAUUUCCAAGCCUCCAUGAUGCAAGUUACACAAGUGCAAUCUGAAACUCCGCAACAAUCAAGUUGGACUCAAAUGCAUACAAGCCAGGUUCAUUUGGUGCAUGGCAACCAGACGAGCUUUUCAUUCCCAUAUAUUCAAAUUCAGCAGCAUAGAUCUUCAUCCCAACUUCCCAAAUCGAUGAAGAGACCAGCACACCUUGUGUUCAUCCCAUUCCCAGCCAUUGGCCACAUUGUUUCAACGUUUGAGAUUGCAAAGCAACUCGUUGCUCGAGAUGACCACCUCUUCAUCACAGUCCUCCUCAUCACGAAGCUACCGGCGGUGGAAGACGACCAGCACAAAUACCUCAUCAUUGACAAUACUAGAGAUUCUUCAGUCUCAUCACAACAGCGCAUCAGAUUCGUCAACCUCCCAGAAGAAGCUGGCCCCACCACCGCAUCCUCCUUCUCCGUUGUUGAAGAUCGCAAGCCCCUCAUCAGGGACGCCAUCGCCAAACUCGCCGACUCAAAGGCGACUCGGCUUGCCGGGCUUGUGAUUGACAUGCUCUGCACCGCCAUUGUCGACGUGGCAAACGAGCUUGGGCUUCCUUCUUACAUCUUCUACACCUCCAACGCUGAGUCUCUUGGGUUUAUGCUGGACCUCCAAAGGCUUCGAGACGAGAGUGGCGGAAAGCACGCCGCUGAGUUGAUGGGCCCUGCCGCUGAGCUGGUCGUCCCUUGUUUUGCCUGUCCGGUCCCUGCUAGAGUCUUGCCCGGUAUACUUCUGGACAAGGAGGGUGCUGAAUCUUUCCUCAGCCAUGCUAGACGUUUUAGAGAAACCAAAGGUAUUUUGGUAAACACGUUCUUGGAGCUAGAACCCCAUGCUCUUCGUUCUCUUUCUGAUAGUCAAAGUCAAACUCCGCCGGUGUACCCUGUGGGUCCGCUACUGAAUCUGAAGAGCAAUGAUCUCCCGCAGGGGAGAGGUGGGGACCAUGCUAAUCAAAAGUCUGAUAUCUUCGAUUGGCUCGAUGACCAGCCUACAUCGUCUGUAGUUUUCCUCUGCUUUGGGAGCAUGGGCAGCUUCGUUGAGGCCCAGGUGAGGGAGAUCGCGUGUGCGCUGGAGCGCACUGGGCUCCCGUUCUUGUGGUCCCUACGCCAACCGCCGCAGGAGGGCAAUUGGAUUGCCAUGCCGAAGGACCAUGCGGAUCCCAAGUCGAUGUUGCCCCAAGGGUUCUUGGAUCGAACGGCUGGGAUCGGGAAGGUCAUAGGAUGGGCCCCACAAGUGGCCAUCUUGGCUCAUCGGGCGAUCGGAGGGUUCGUAUCCCAUUGCGGCUGGAACUCCACAUUGGAGAGUCUGUGGUACGAUGUGCCUGUUGGCGCAUGGCCAUUGUACGCAGAGCAACCAUUGAAUGCGUUUGAGCUGGUGAAGGAAUUGGGGCUGGCAGUGGAUAUUAACAUAGAUAAUAAGGACAACCAAGUGGUUGUGAACGCAGAGGAAAUAGAGCGAGGGAUAAGGCACGUGAUGAAGCAUGACAGCGAUAUAAGGGAGAGGGUGAAGGAGAUGAGCCAACAGAGCAAGAAAGCCUUGAUGGAUGGUGGUUCUUCCUACUCUUCCUUGGGACGUUUUAUUGAUCAGAUUUGACUUUUACUAUUCACCGAAGCUCAAGAUCAUAAAUAAAUUGGUGAGAAAUAAAUCCUGUAGGUUUUCUCUGUCAAGAGAAAUGGAAUCAGAAAUAAAUCCUGUAGGUUUUCGCACAUCACGUGAUCCAUCA